GAACCACCUCCACCACUGUUGGCAUCUCCAGCCAUAAAGGAAAGAAACUUGGAGUGUGAGAUCUGAGACUGAAAGCACGAUCACAUGACACAGCCUUGCACACACUGGUGAAGGAAAGCCUGAAUGCCAAGGGUGUGGGAGAAGACUCCCUGGGAAGGAUGACCUCAACAAGUACACCCUCACACUCUGGUGGAAGACUUCAUGAACGCCAUGACGGUGGUAGAAAAUUAAGUAAGAAUAGUACCCUUAACACACACACCCUUACACACACUGGUGAAAGAAACCAAGAAAGAGAAGUUAGUGGAAAAGGAUCCAGUGUGAAGAGUUCCUUCAACCAACACACUGUUAGAUACAAUGGUGAAAGAAAUCAUCAAUGUGGAGUUUGUGGAAAACAGUUUGCUCUGAAGAGUGUCUUCAACAGACAUGUUCAUAUACACGCUGGUGAAACAAAUUAUAAAUGUGAUGAAGUAUUCAGGGGGAAGUCUGAACUGAACAAACACACCCUUACACACACUGGUGAAAAAAAUCAUGAAUGUGAAAUUUGCGGGAAACGAUUUACGCUGAAGAGUCACCUCAACAGACACUCUCUCAUACAUACUGGUGAAAAAAAUCAUGAAUGUGAAAUUUGUGGGAAACGAUUUACUCUGAAGAGUACCCUCAAAGACCACACCCUCACACACACUGGUGAAAAAAAUCAUGAAUGUGAAAUUUGUGGGAAACUAUUUUCUCGGAAAAAUCACCUCAACACCCACACCCUCACACACACUGGUGAAAAAAAUCAUGAAUGUAAAUUUUGUGGGAAACUGUUUAAUUUGAAGAGCACCCUCUACAACCACAUUUUAACACACACUGGUGAAAAAAAAUAUGAAUGUGAAUUUUGUGGGAAACGAUUUUAUUAUAAGUGUUACCUCGACAACCACACCCUCACACACACUGGUGAAAAGAAACAUGAAUGUAAAUCUUGUGGAAAACGAUUUACUCAGAAGUGUGACCUCAACAGCCACACCCUCACACACAUUGGUGCCAAAAAUCAUGAAUGUGAAUUUUGUGGGAAGCGAUUUACUCUGAAGAGUCACCUCAACAGCCACACCCUCACACACACUGGCAAAAGACCUCAUGAAUGCUUAGAGUGUGGCAAAAGGUUCAUUACCAAGACUCAUUUGAACAGACAUACCUUCAGACACUCUGGCCUGAGAAAGUUCAAGUGUGAUGUUUGUGGAAAACAUUUCAAGGUUAAGAGGGAUAUUGCCAGACACAUGAAGAUCCACUUCCACUGAAGUGUUGUGUAUAGUCUGUUCACUUAAGUCCGACCCAAGAUGACAACGUAAACCUAAACGUGUUUGCAAGCUGAGCACUGAUUGGCUACUGCUGUGGCUUCCAAGUUUUCUUUAACCUCUGUGUUUAUCUCAUGCAUCACUUUCUGAUAAUCUGCACUGUGCUUACAAACUUGCUUAGGUUUAUGUUGUCAGCUUGGGUCAGACUUAAGUGAACAGACUUAUAGUGCUGCAGUGCUGCUGUAUUUGGGAGUGUAGGUGGAGGUGGUGUUAAGUAAGCAUAUUUAUUUGGCCUAUGUGAUGUACACAGAUACAGUAGAUACAUGUAUAGAUGUGAAUAAUGGCACGGUCUGUUGAGCCGUAGCUCCCUGACAGACAGUUUUCUUUUUACGUAAUACAUUGUUGC